AUGAAGAAAGAACAAAAAAGACUUUCUUUUAAUUAUGGACUUUCCGGUUGUAGGGUGAAACCAAAUCUUCAUCAGCGUCGGUUAGAACUAAAUUUCUACAAAAUCCAAAUGUUAGGGAUCUCUGCUGCAAUUUUACUUGUAGAUCAACGUUUUAACUUUGAAGGACGCAUCCGGUUCCGGCCUCACUGCGUGAUGGCGGCUUCUUCUUCCACAGAUAGAAUCAACAAAGAAACGACGCGCAAGGCAGUCAAUGCCCUCCUGAGAUGGAAGAAAUUGCAAUUACAAUCUGAUUCACCAAAUACUCAUAAAGAAGAUAAUGAUGAUUUUAUAUACCUAUCGAUAACCCUCAAGAAGAUUCCACCAAAGAACCUCAUCGCGACUCCACACAGAAUUCCUCUUCGAUACUCUCUUCUGCCGCGCGAUUUUUACCUUUUGAACCUCUGUCUCAUAGUUGAUGGCAAGAAAAUCAAGUCAGAACUUGCCCGCCAAAAGCUAAAAUCUUUAGACAUGCCCAUAAAACAAGUUCUGAAAUUAUCAAAACUGAAAUCUGAUUAUAAAUCGUUCGAUGCCAAGAAAAAGCUCUUCGACUCAUUUGAUAUGUUCUUCGCUGUUAAAGAUGUGGUCCCUUUGCUUCCCGAGGUAUUGGGUAAGGUGUUCUAUAAGAAGAAGAGAAAGAUUCCGAUGCCUGUACACUUAAGCGGUGAUUGCAAUUGGAAAGAGGAGAUAGAAAGGGCCUGCACUUCGAGUUUGUUGUGUUUGAGUGGUGGGACUUGCAGUGCGGUCAGAGUUGGGAGGUGGGGUGUUACGGAGAGUAAAGAGAUUGUUGAGAAUUUGUUUACUGCGAUUGAUGGGGUACUUGAGAUUGUCCCAAAGAAAUGGGGUGGGAUCAGAGCCCUCCACUUGAAAUUUUCGGAUUCUUUGGCCCUGCCCAUUUACGAACACCGGACUAAACUUGAAGCGGUGGGAAAAGAGAAUUGA